AUGAGGAUCAUCGUGUAUCUCCUUCUUUUUGCAAGUUUUCUAGUCAUAUUCUCAGGUAUUGACUCUGAACUAAUUGAAUUUCGGGGAAAUCUUAAUGUUGUUCUUCUAGAAUGUAAACCAAGUCGGUCAAAGUCUGGCUUUUCAAGUUAUGGCAAACGUUCGCGUCAUUCCUACAUCGGCAGCAGGUCCACCGGUUUGUAAGUUAACUGUCUCCAGAAACUUGGGUUUUGGGGCAGAGUCUUCUGUUUAAUGUUUUUGGUCUUUCGGUUUGUCCUGAAACAAUGUUUUGACAAAAUAAGAUAGUAAUUGCUACCUCUACAACGUGCUACAUCCCUUUGACGUUGCAGUUGGUUUUAACCCUUUCAGGAGUCCGGUUGCCGUCCUCGUUUAUCCACCUUCUCCACUACUUACAUAUGCCAGAGGGUUUCAAUAGUAAUAGUAGCGAGGGUGGCUGCAAAGUGGGCUGCGAAGACAUACAGCAAUUUAGGCCUAAAUUGCUUAUGAUAACUCAUCCACCAACCAUUUGCAGAAUGCCUGGACGCCCGGCGGCCUGCCUUUACCACAACAGAUACCUACAGCAGAAACUGUGCUGACUAUGGACUCCAUAACCCUACAUAAAAUAGGCCAAAACUCAAGCUUUGUCUUCGGGUGAAUAGGAAGGCCAUCAAUAGCUAGACAUAUAACCAUCUCAGGCAAUGGACCCUGAGGGAAUGGGUAACGUAACUGGUUAGUCAGCUGUCUUAUCAGGCCAAAAUAAACAUACUCACCACUGCCCAUAGCCGUAAACGGUGCAGAGUUGCUUGCGCUACCCAUCAGCGUGCGUGCGUCCGACGGGAUCUCGGGUGGAAGGCAUUGAGAAUAUUCAGCAGACUAUCCACAUGAGUGUGAGCCGUUUGUGAGCAUGCAGUCCACUUGCCUAAUGACGUAAGCAGCGUUGGCUUUCCUUCCGCUACCUGCUGCGUCAACAGACUCGAAUUCGAGCUCAUUUCGUUCGCGGAUGCGUUGUCUAUUUCAAACUCCGAGUCAUCGGAGGAGAAAGACGACUCCAUAGACGUGUCGGGCUGUCAGACGAUGGGCACGACGAUGAUGUGUCCGACGGUCCUAUUUGCCUCACCUUUUCGCUAAUAUUUUUUAUGAUUUCUGUUGCUUUUCGUCGUACGUGACGGCGACGGAUGCGAUUGCUUUCAUCUUUAAACAUAAUGGGAACAAUAGGAAAGAAACAGUUAGACAGCAAGGCGAGAAAAGGACAAAAAGGAUGUCGGCCAAACUGAGCGUGCGCACGGCUAGGUGGCAGAGCAGGAAGUGCCGCGCAGGGACUGCCUGAGCCCGCUAGAGCACCGGAUGCUAUCGAUUAGCGCGUGUCAUUGCACGCCGUUGAUUGCGCCCCUGACAACGUUAUCGCGACGCACAUACCAACCAAUCAAAUAGCAGAUAGGUUUGAGGGCGCAAACGCGGACAUUUGCGAGCUCGAUAUUAUGGCGAUAUAGACGGUGCGACCCAAGUCGACGUAUAGUCGAUAUCCCCAUCUCGACAUCUCGACACCAACUACCUAACUAAUCGUCAUACCCUUUUCUAUCAUGGCACGCGAAUAGUGAGUUGUGCUUCGCCCCAGACCGCUUAUUACCAACUGGUCACCCCACACACUGCUGUCUGCAAACCUUCUGCAUGUUCCACGAACACAGGUUGAGACCUUAAAGGCACAAGCUUCUUUGGAAUAAAUCAGCAACAAGCAUAACCGGCAAUAGCCUGCCUUUAACUACAUCGAACAUACAUCGAAGGGACUAAACUCCACUGCUGAGCAUGGUAUUCUCAGGUUUUCACCCUCACGAAAUUCCACGCAUUAAUAUGCACGUUACUGACUGAGGGAUCGUGUAGUGCGUCUUUUCGCUCAUCCAAAUGCUAACUUGAAAUAAAGCUGUGAUGUGUUUCGAUAUAUUCAACACAAUGUGUUUCGGCGUCCCCUACCCAAAUUUUUGGGGUGAAGAGGCUAGAGGGGGCUGGUGGUUUUAUGCCACCUCACAGUCCGCCUAAAGCCCCAGAUAGCCACCUCACAGCCCCGCCAUCUCUGAGGAGGCUGGUGCUCGCCGAAAUACAUCUGGAUAAUGUACUUUUAGGCCCAUAUCGCGAUCUUUUAUUACACCAUUAUUCACUCCGUUUCUGAGAAGAUAGCAGUAGCAUGCACUCUUUGUCCAUCAGUAAAACCUGCUCUCAGCUCCCUCGGAGUAUCUUUGUCUUAUCUAUCUAUCGUCUUUCGCCAAGACGAUAGAAUCCGCUGGAAGAAACAACCUGCAUGAUAGACAGCUUGAAGGGCAGUCAGCGCGUUAAAAGUUGGUGGGUAGUGAAACCCAUCUUUAUCAGAUGCUUACCGCGAAAUUACCUGACUCUUUGGUCGUAGGAAUUUGCGGUUGCAGUCUCUGCAUCGGAAAUAGUCAGUCAAAGUUGCUUACGGGUCUGGAAAGUCGAUUAUCCGCAAAGAAUCUCUCAAGCCAAAGUGGUAUUAUGACACGGCGUUUGUUGUCUGCUACUUAUUAAGACUUUAGCACCAUCGUCGCCUCAGAAACUAGGCUCGUGCCUGUUGAGCGAGCGGGACCGGAGACCUCUCUUCUAUGUUAGUUCUGUGGGGACCCGUAAAUUGUGCCAUGGACUCUCGGACCCAAAUUAACCAGUUACUUGAAAUGAUCCAGCAGAAUCGUGUAGUCUUAUAAUCUGGUCUGCACCGCUAUUCGUAAAAAUUUCAACCUAUUGAUCCCAAAUCAGCUAGUUUACUCACAUUGCUUCGUUCCUCUCAGAAACCACUGACUUGCUUUUCGAUUACUGGUCUGUCUGAUUGAGGACAGAAAGUAAGCCCGAAAUGGCCAUACUGGUCGUCACUCAUGCACCUGCGGAUCAAUAUUCUGGGGAUCUGUUAGUUCCUGUCUUCUUUCCUCUAACGGGACCGGCUGCAUUCGAUAAAUAUUCAAGAUUACAGCCGUCAGAUCAUGGGCUACUUUAGUAACCUCCAAGUAUGAGCAGUAAUUUGGGUUUUUUAGCCUCCGUUACGUGUUACAUUAGAGAUCGGAGUCGAUUAUAGGAGCUCUGGCAAUUCUCGAGCUAGAUACAGUAAGUUAGGGUAUAUGAAAUAGGACAAUUUGUAAGGAGCUGCGUCUAUGUUCUGAAAAAAAUAAAAAAAGUACCUCAAUCCUCGCUUAUGUGUAAAAUUGUUUUUGGUAAACAUGCAAGUAGGAUCACUUUAUGUGUAAUGUAUGACUUAUUUUAUCCCCAUUCCUCUCCCUUUAUUUGCCAAAAAGGUCAAUGAGUCGUAAAUCAGCUCUCCUUGGGACUGCCGCUGGUCUAGCUGGUGCUUACAUUGGCUUUAAACUUGCGUCGCACGAUCGCCUGAGUGAGUCUACACACUGACGGAAUCUGCUUUUUAUUUACCCCAAGUUUAAUGCUGUCUCCAGCAUUAUUUUAUGUGAUAAUGAAUAGCGAAUAUUACGAUUUGCGUACUUCCGAAACUUACGUAUGCACAUUUGGGACGUUCAACCGUUAAAGGGUUGUUUAUUCGUCAGGGGAACCUCGUCAUGGAUAUAUUCAGAAUUAAAUCCCGCAUAUUUUCUGCUGGUGACUUACCACAUUAAGUUAUCUGAUUCUCAUACAUUACCCUUCAGUCACCUACAUCUCCGUCCGUUGUUUUGCUGAAGGAGGCGGCUACAAUUCUUCGUAACACAUCACCUAAGCGCCAUUGCGAAAAGACUUGACAGUGACAAGCAUUCGAAUGCACAUUCUGUUUUGCAAAGCUAGUAUCGAUCGAUCGGUUGCCUCCGUGAGUGGCGGUCGUCAUUUGCUUUCACAUGUGACAAAUUAUAUGCGGCAGUCUUUCGUCACAGCUUCGAAAUCCAUCCAAUGUUAUUCGAUCUUUCGACCGUCGAAAGCGACGUGGUCCACGACUGUCUCGGAGGGAGACACUUAUGAUUUGCGCCUGUGUUCGCUUGCACAGAGGUAGACUUGCUCUCCGUCUACAUCGCUCAGUCUUACAACUCUAGUCGUGCCCCAAUGACAGGAGAUGGGCGUGGUUCCACUUAUAACAGGUUUCAUUUUGGUGGGAUAUCAGACCUCAGUAAAGAGAUAAUGUCAAAAAAAAACACUUUAAGAGGUAGCGAUUGCAGCCCGAAUCCCACAUCUGGGAAGAAUCGAGUUAUCCCUUCAUCAGACAACCGCGCAGGCCGAUCAAUCUUUGUGAGGAGUGUCUCACUGUCAACCCCUCUCCUUUUUACUGAUUGGCUCUCAAAGUCUGUCCACCGACCGAGGAUGAGACUAGGUUCAGUGGCUGACGUGGCAGGGCCUUCUACUUACACCGCAUUCAUUUGUGGCAAUAGGAGUUCAUGCAGACCCGCUACAAUCUGAUGAACGUUUUUAGUGACCCAACACUUUCUCCUCUUUGAUUCAAGGCAACUUCAUCGCAACCCAUUUAGGACAUCUUUGCGUCAUCAAUCGAACGGCACUAGACGAUGUCGACGAUGCAUAAUUACUGCCGACCAAUGUUCCUUGAAGAUGAGCCACUGAAUCGUUCGGUUUAGAUGAAGCAGACCUACCACAUGAAUACUUAUCUUUAAAUACGGUUUUUGGGCGUUGAGAUUUCACCUCGUUGGACGUGAUCGAAAUUGCAAUGAUCUUGUACUGCAGACUAAGCGCAAGUUGUGUUUUUCAGUUCUACCAGUUUUCCCAGAUGGCCGCUCACCCAUCGCACUACUGAACUCACUCGUCCCGUUGGGCCUUGGGGCUCCCUCUCGAGUCCCGCCAGCAACCAUACAGCGGCGCAUAACAGAGGCACAAUAGCAUAACCGACAAAGACAAGGGAGACUGGCAUGGUCACUUCUGACUUAUUAGCCGUCGUCAGCCAGCCCUACCCAACCCCGAAGUGUGGAACACCUGGGGCUCGACCCCGCGACCUGUUGGUUGGAAGUCAAACGCCUCUAAACAUUGAGCCACAGGCUCAUGGUUCUGCCAGUUGCGAUCGAGUAUAUACAAUGGUAGAUAUGCGUUCACUGAUCGCGCCACGCUACUCAGUCUCUCUUACCUUUGCCAGUAAUGAUAUUUGGCCUACAUUAUACGCCUCUGCGCGGCUGCUGGCUGGGCUCAAGAUAGGGCACUAAGGCACAGUGUGACGAGUGAGUUCUGCAGCGCGAUCUGUGAGGACCCAUCUACCAUUAUAUUUACCCGAUUGCUCCGACAGAACCACGAGCCCGUGGCUCAACGGAUAAGGGCGUUGGACUUCUAACCAACAAGUCGCGGAAUCGAGCCACGGGUGUCCCACACCUCGGGGUUGGGUAUGGCUGGCUGACGACAGCUAAUAAGCCAGAAAUGGCCACUCCAGCCUCCCUUGCCUUUGUCGCUAAUGCUGUUUUGUCUACCAGCUUUGUUCCCCUCUGCAGACUUUGCUUCAAGUCAAGUGCUUCCUCUAGGCCUCCAUACGGAACCCACUUUCAGUAUUUCGUCCCCCAACCAACUCAUUAGUGUUUUCUUAUCUGGGAACAUUUGUGGAAUAGGUAGUAAUCUAGUUGAUCAUAAAGUGAAGCAGUUGUGCCAGGUACUCAUGUGAUGGUGUGCUCUGCAAGGGCAGAAAUUUAGUAAAUUCUUAAAGUUCAGGAACUGUAACAACUCUUGUAAUGCGAAAUUUGGCCAUGCUCAAGCACCUCAGAUAACUUCUUUUCACCCCCUCUUAAUUGCCUGCUCCAUGCAACUGUCUUGGGUUCGGUGCAUGUAAUCUUUGCUAGUGCUGCACUGACUGUGACUGGCAGUCUUGUAUUGGAUCUUCCAGUAUAUCGUAUGUACCAGACCUGGAUCUGCUGGCACGGCCUUCAUUUACAUGAAAAAAUCGAAAUUUCGAUUGAAACUUGAGUGUCCUGUUUUUUUUGACAGCAUUUGGUAACCAUUAUCGGCCCUGGAUAUGGGUAGGGGGGGGGAAAGCAUCACGUCGGUGGCACGCGUAGACGAACGAAUACCUGACUGUGCGGACACGUAUCGUCAGUAUGUGAAGAGCGAGUGGGUUAGAUGCUGUGUAAGCUCCUCUACCCUAAACGUACACUAGGUGCGCUAACUCAUGAAAUGUUGACCUAAAUUCUGAAAUUCGUUUUCGUUUCGAAAAGAUUACUUAAGUAGAGCUGUAAAACUACUCAUCGUGCCGUAUACUUCUAUAAUAAUUCAGUUACCUCGAGAUGCCGGCUUUUGAGCGAAUUUCUUUCCGGUCGGAUGUAAAAAACCAGACUCUGUAAAAAGUGAACGCUUAAGUAACAUGAAUUUUUCUCAUUGAUUUUCGAUGCCCUUAAGAAUUCAAUUAUACAUCAUAGAAAACAUGCAUAAAAAUAUUCAUUCUCUAUCUUAUUCGGCAGAAAAUUACUUUUUCUUCCAAUUUUGCACUUGAAGAACGGAUGUAAUUCGGUUUUCAAAAACAUUUCCAAUUCCCGAAUAACUUUAAGCACGACCUGCCUUUGCACUUGCAUUCAGGGCUUCCAAACUACAAGUCGUGUUUUUUCCGCGUAUGAAAAACCAUACGUUUCUCUCCGGCAUUAAGAGGAGAUCGUAUGGGGUUCAUAAAAUUUGGCAGUGGAUUUGAGCCAUAUUGUAAAUUUAAGAAACCACAUUACCAAAUGCAGCAACACGAUGCUUUAUGAACGAGCAUUUCACGGUAUUGAAAAUCUCACGAUUGGAAACUUUUUUAAAACCAAAUUACCCCCGCUCUUCAAGUGUAAAAGUGGAAGAAAAAGUAAUUUUCUGCCGAAUGAGUAAAAAAAGGAAUAUUUUUAUGCAUGUUUUCUAUGAAAUAUAAUUGAAUUCUUAAGGGCAUCGAAAAUCAAUGAGAAAAAUUCGUGCUACUUAAGCAGUCACUUUUUAAAGAGUCUGGUUUGUUUUAAAUGCGACCGGAAAAGCUUCGUUUGAAAGCCGGCAUCCUGAGGUAAAUAAAUUAUUACAGAAUUAUGCUGCAUGAUGACUAAUUUCACAACUCUACUUAAGUGAUCUUUUCGAAACGAAAACGCAUUUUAGAAUUCCGGUUAACAUAUCGUGAAUUAGCACACCUACUGUGCUCACGCAUAAGUUUCUUUUGCACUCCUAAGACAGUGAUGGUAUCAUAGUUUACGACAAACAGUCUAUCGAGCCUCGCCUAGUUGCCUCCCUCUGGUCACUACCUUUAAUAAACAUCCUUUUCCGCUCUGUUGACCCUCUCACUUCUCAAGGUCGGUAUACCGUGUGCGAGGGUCCUCGUCAGGAACUAAAUCAGUACGGUGUGAUGUCAACCUACCAAUACACUGUGUGCCCAAUGUCCGCACCCUACUGCUGUCGAAGUUAUGACUACAUUGGCGAGCGCUGUUGUCCGGGCGAAAUGUGAGUCAGAACUUCUUAUUUUAGCUCUUUCAUCCAAUCCGGUUCUGUACUGGCCACUUUAUGCGAUUUGGAGAAAGCAAAGAUCACUUGCCCCAAGAGUUACGCGUCUCAGACUUUUUUACGAAACGUAGUGCCUGGCCGUUUCUUCGGUUUUUUGCAGACUGUAAGAAUAUUAAGAUCCGAUUUUUGCCGCCCUACUAAAACGACUCGUUCUAUAUUAUGGCCUCUUUUAGGGCAUUUAAUACUUUUCCUUCCGUAACCUACUGCAGAGAGGAACUUCACGUCCUGAGACAAGAAGUCACUGGUAAACACUGCUUUCACAGAAUUCUUCUUUCUCACGAUGCUUGCUUCCACUCUGAACUCAUGGAGUAAUUAGAUUCUAUAUCGUAGUUCGCCCACAACGUGCUUCCGCUAACCUCCCUCAAUCAGUCGUCACUUGGGAUGUUCACGAUUUUCUUGUAACUCCCAACUAUCUCCAGAUCUUCCUUUUUGGCGUUUUCCUGGGACUGUAGUUAUCAGUCGUUGCAUAAAUGCUCCUUCUACCGGCUGACUUCGUUCCGUCUAUCAUGUAGCCACUCGUCUAGUUAAUCAACUACGACUUCGUAAAUUGCGCCAAUAAGGGCUUUCCAUUUAUUUCCAGCAAACAGUAACGCGACUCGAACGGGAUAGUAAAGGGCUCAAGCACCCAUCUCUGAGGACCACUCGGCCGUUGAGCGCACAUUUUCUUUUAAGGCACAACUCCUUGUAGAGUUAUUCUGCUCUGCGGGAAAUCUUGCCAACUGACAUAUUUAUUCUCAGUAGAACUUUCUUAAUUAUCAAAAUGACAUCAGGACACAAAGGCGUACUGUGGUAGGCAAGAGCUGAUCUAAAAUGUUCCCUUCGUUGUUCUCCAAUUUGGUUAUCCAAAUUAGUGUUUGGCUGCUAAACUCCACGUAUUCUGUGUUGCUUUGCUUUCGGUCCAUGUGCGUCAUGGGAGGUAAACUGGUCAUCCUAGAGGGCGGGGACGGAGUCGCCCAGUUUGUGCUUUUGCCUUUCCUCAGUAGGUCAGGUUUGCAUGCUUCCUUGGUUUUCGAGUUAUGUCACGACAGUUGGAGAGGUAGUUAAAACAGUUAGUGCCUCCAGGUAUGUUCUGUCGACUGCCCACUACCCCCUGACCCCAUGGGUAAGCACACGGUAGAGCACACCUCGGCCAGUAAGGGACAGUCAUACCUGCAUUCAAACGCCAACCCUUAAAUCACUGCCUGCGUCUUCCGUGCGACACCCUGUCCACAAUGAGUCCCUUAGAUAGUCUGUCACGGCCUCUGUGGUUGAAAAUAUGGUUCGUUCGUACAAAGUAUUCUCCUGAGCAUCAUUCGCGUUCCUCUGAUAGUGAAAAAAGACAGUAAUUUACUCAUUUGUUUUUCGUUUUUCUGUAUUUAGGCGCGGCUUUCAGCCAGCCUUCACCAUGGGUUCCGUCUUCGGGGGCCUUUUAAUGAUUGCGCUCUUCUGUGCCCUCGUAUAUUUCUGCUGUUUUCGGCGAAAGCGGCAUAAUCGUAGUUCUUCAGUUCGUGCCACUGGGACUGUGCUGGCCCCAAUGGAUGACGAUCCUCCCGUCCUUCCUGUCCCCUUCUCCAAGCCGACCAUCCCGGUCAGUGAACCCGUCUGCUUUUUUCCUAUUUGUUCAAUCCUCCAGACCUCGGACCUGCCUCGACCCAACUGUUUUUUGACUUUACGAGCCAAAAAUCUGAUAAACAUUUGACGAAGUGGAUUUUACAAGUGUCGUAUGAGAAAUAAUCGUACAUUUAUGAUAUGUUUAACUCUUUAGUGUCGUCAUCUUACAGUAGCAAUUUCCCUGUGACUGGAAGUCGUAUGCUAUUCUACUGUCUAGCGUACUUUGUUCAGUUAUAAACUCACAUCUCUGUGUAACGUCCCCUGCACUGAGUCAGCUGGCAGACUGAAUCGCAUUGGCUGGUUAUUUUUUGGGCAUUUCCUGUCAUAAUUAAAACCUUUCAAAGCAUCCUUAUAUCUCCACCUUGACGUACAUGUAGAGACAGUACCGAGCCACCAGUCUAAAAAAGUUAAUGACUCUACUCUCAGGUAUCAAACUGACCAACUCAGACUUCGUGGGCGAAAUCGCCCUACCUUUCAGUGGCUCGAGUACGUAUUUUACGACAUAACUCCACUUCUCUUCAUCGAGUGACAGUAGAACUCUCUGAUAUGUGGACUGGGCUGGCCUUUUCGCUUGUCCGGAUACGAAACUUCCACAACCAGGAGUUUUCCAAAUCAAAAACCAUAAAGGCAGGAUUGGUAGGACAGUCUUUACUGGGGCAAGCAACUCAGAAGGCAGUAUCAGCAAUUUUCCAACCAAGUUGUGUACUCUCCAGCGCGAGGUGUGAGUGUGCGUCUGAGACAUGUCGGACCGUUGGGCCGCCCAGCCAGAACGCAUAUAACAUGGCUCUAGCCCAGUCUAGCAUGCACUUUCUCUCCUGAGCCUUUUACAGGAUCUCUUAUGUUGUUGUUGCUACUGCCGUAUGCUUGCAUUUACGUCUCUCAACCAAAACUACUUUGGAAUUGAACCAGGAGUGUCUCUGCACUAUUUUCCUUUCUGUCUAGAAGUUUAGAGUCCACUUUUAAAAGUACUUACUACCAACAAGUGCACGCAUACUCGUUCCAUUUCCUGUCCAGGAUGUAAUUGCGAGGAGUUGGGCUCACUAGCGUCCCUCCUCACCUUGUCAUGCGUAACUUCCGGUUUCGUCUCAUUCUGCUUCACGUUUAAAUCAUCAGCACGAAUGGCGCAUGCAGUCGCGCGAAUUGGGAGUUGCAGAUGAAAGUGGCUCAAUCAGGUUGCAGGCAGGAGAGACAGGGACUCUGCACGGCCGAUCUGACCCAUGUUCACGGUGGUAGGUCUGCACCACUAUCUUUCCGUGCUACGCACCAAGGCGCCAUGGUUAGGAGGAUUUCUACCUGGCUGGACAAUUCAGCCCUCUUGGACCGUGAACCAGAAAGUACUGACUGAUAUGCUGUUCGCGUGAUCGAAGUUGAGCCCGCGGGUAGUGGGGCCAGCGUGUGCGUGCAGCCCACGUGACAGCGACUUGUGCCAGUGUAGUCUUUCCACCCACGCAUAUCUCCAGUCGUCUCGACCUUGCUUUCCCGCCUCCGCACGAUAAGUGUGGAGGGGGGAGUGCAGUCGAUGCUGUUCACGUGACGGCUAUCCCCUCCCCUCUGGGUAUCCUUCUAGAUGUCUUGCUUUCCCAAUGUUCGAUCUCAAUUUUUAAAUCUGAGAUGAGCAUUUUAUGUACGCCCUUUUUGUCCUUUUCACCCGUUUUAUGUCAGUUUCCCUGAAGGCAUUGCUGUCUGCCCCAAAUUUUAAGGGCUGGUGGCAGUUGGUGUUCCUCACGCAUUGCGUUUUUAGUCUGCUUCCUUUUUUGACUGUCUCCUGGGUUGUUUGCAUGUCACUGUGCUACGUCGUUUUUUCCUCCUCAGGACCCACCGCCGCCCUAUCCCGCAACGCCGAUUGGACCGCAACCCUACGCUCCGCCACCGUACCAGCCACCGACGAUUGGCUCUGCCUGGGGUUCGUCUCCGAGUGGACCCGGUAACCCAGGGCUGCCCUAUCCACCAACAGCGCCUGGAGCCCCAAAUCCAAACACUGGUAGUGGUUGGAACGCACCCGCUCCGCCCUACCCGCCCAAUUGA